AUGAAAUGUAUUGAUGAAAUUAAGAGCUCAGUCCCUCCCGACCUUGAACCACGGUUUUCAAAGGUUAAACAAUCAUUAGUUAAAGAGAAGGACAAGACGGCCGUGACUAAAUCUUGGAAGAGGCUUCUUUACGCUCUCGAAGUGGAAACACGAGAAAUUGCAAAAGAGGGGCCAUCCAGAAUACCUACAUUUGAAUGGAAGGCAAUUAAAGAAAACAAAGGAUCUCUAACACAGGAACAAGAAAAACUUUUCAAAAAGAGAGGUGUUGCAUUAAUCAAGGGAGUGGUCGACUCUGCUCAAAUUGAUGAUUGGUUUAAUGAAUUAGUUGAUUUUGUUAAAGAAAACCCCGACACGGCAGGGUACAAUUACCCCAAUGAAGCUUCUUUUUACAAUGUUUUUUGGACAAGACCACAAACCGAAGCUAGGUUUCACCCAAACAUAGUCAAGUUGCUUAAGACUUUUUCUAAAGCCUUUUAUGUUGAAGAUGAGAAGAAUUCAUUUAUCGAUCUCGAUACCCAAGUUGUCUAUGGAGAUCGAAUUCGAAUUCGACAGCCUGGAUCAAUUGCAGACUUGCCCUUACAUUUAGACAGCUCGUCUAUCGAGAGAUGGGAAGAUGAUAAGUUCAGGGAAUCGUACAGAGAAAUUUUUGAAGGAAGAUGGGAAGAUUGGAGUCCGUGGAAGUUGGAUAGUAGACAGUUUGCACAAGAGGAUUUAUAUGAAUUUCUCGGCGAUGGAAGAUCAACAAACUCGAUUUGCUCAUCAUUUAGGACUUUGCAAGGCUGGUUAAGUUUAUCAGAUAAUAAAUCUGGCGAGGGAACAUUGAGAUUGCUUCCAAAUGUCAAGCUCUCGAUUGCAUAUAUUUUAUUAAGACCUUUGUUUUGGAAAGAUCCAGAACUGGGAAAUGUAGAUGACUACCAAAUUGACUUGACAACUCCAAAAUUCCCUGGAACGCUUCCUUCUUUCGGGGAAAUAAUGCUAGAAGAUAAGUUCUUUCCUCAUCUUCGCCAAGCACAGUCUGUUGUGGGAAUACCUGAUGUAAAUAAAGGGGAUUUUGUCUUUUGGCAUGCAGAUAUACCGCAUGAUGUCGACAGAGAGCACAAUGGUCCUAGCCAUUCGAGUGUCUUCUACUACGCCCUAACUCCCCUUGCGGCAGCAAAUAUUGGUACACUAUUAGAUACUAGGAAAUCUUGGUUGGGAAAUGUGUCACCCAUAGACUACCGAUCUCAGUUGCCGCCAGGAACCAAAGAGUAUCAAGGUGCAGAUACAAGAAAUUUAAAAGACGAUGACUCAAAAAGAGCAUUAGGACUUUUGCCCUUUGAACUUGAUGGUGAUUUAGACCCUUCUCAAAUCAAUAUUAGGAAACUAGCUAACGCUGCUCUCGACAAGGGAGAAUUUGAUUUUCAUAAAUUUUUAAAAGAGAGACAUAUAAUAUGA